GCCCCGCCUAUCGUGCACGUCUUUAAAAGCUGUGCGUGACGCUAUCGCUUGGCGACUUCAUCUUUGUCAGUGAACAAAAUGGCGUCGUACUGUGUCCUAGUCAGUCGGUUGCAGCAAGCCUUGAGUAAAGGUGUUCGAAGGUACCAUGUCACACCUAUCCAGUGCCAGCGGGCCAAAGUGGCCAUGAGCCAGUUUGAGCCCAGUGAAUACAUAAAUUAUGAAAAGCUUGAAAAAAACAUCAAAAUUGUCCAAAAAAAACUGGACCGUCCCCUCACCCUGUCAGAGAAGAUUGUAUAUGGCCACUUAGAUGAUCCUGUCAAGCAGGAUAUUGAGAGGGGCAAGACAUAUUUGCGUCUGCGGCCAGACCGUGUGGCUAUGCAGGAUGCUACCGCCCAGAUGGCCAUGCUGCAGUUCAUCAGCAGUGGGUUGCCCAAAGUGGCAGUGCCCUCGACCAUCCACUGUGAUCACCUUAUUGAAGCUCAGCUAGGUGGUGAGAAAGAUCUUCGAAGAGCAAAGGACAUUAACCAAGAGGUAUACAACUUCUUAGCCACAGCAGGGGCCAAGUAUGGAGUGGGUUUCUGGAAACCUGGAUCAGGAAUCAUUCAUCAGAUCAUCCUGGAGAACUACUCAUAUCCUGGUGUUAUGCUUAUUGGUACAGAUUCCCAUACUCCCAAUGGUGGUGGCUUGGGAGGAAUAUGUAUUGGAGUUGGUGGAGCUGAUGCAGUUGAUGUCAUGGCAGGAAUCCCCUGGGAGCUCAAAUGCCCAAAGGUAAUUGGUGUAAAACUAACUGGUGAACUGUCGGGCUGGAGCUCUCCUAAAGAUGUGAUCCUAAAAGUAGCUGGCAUCCUUACUGUGAAAGGUGGCACCGGAGCCAUAAUAGAGUAUCAUGGGCCAGGUGUUGACUCAAUCUCUUGCACAGGAAUGGCAACUAUCUGCAAUAUGGGAGCAGAAAUUGGUGCCACUACUUCAGUCUUCCCUUAUAACCACCGGAUGAAGAAAUAUUUGUCCAAGACUGGACGAGCUGAGAUUGCUAGUUUGGCAGAUGAAUUCCAAGAGCUCUUGAAGCCUGAUCCUGACUGUGCCUAUGAUCAGCUAAUUGAAAUCAAUCUCAGUGAGCUGAAACCUCUUAUCAAUGGGCCUUUCACUCCAGAUCUGGCGCACACUGUGGAAGAAAUAGGUUCUGUGGCAGAAAAGAAGGGUUGGCCAGUAGAGAUCAAAGUUGGUCUGAUUGGCAGCUGCACCAAUUCAAGCUAUGAGGAUAUGGGGCGCUCUGCUGCAGUGGCGAAACAGGCGCUCGCACAUGGGGUUGUGUGCAAGUCUAACUUCACCAUCACACCUGGCUCAGAACAAAUUCGGGCAACCAUUGAAAGGGAUGGUUAUUCAAAACUUCUGCGUGAUGUUGGCGGAGUGGUUCUUGCCAACGCUUGUGGGCCGUGCAUAGGCCAGUGGGACAGGAAAGAUACUAAAAAGGGAGAAAAAAAUACAAUUGUUACAUCCUAUAACAGAAAUUUCACCGGCCGCAAUGAUGCCAACCCAGAGACACAUGCCUUUGUGACAUCUCCAGAGAUAGUAACAGCCUUGGCUCUUGCUGGUACCCUGAAAUUUAAUCCAGAAGUAGACUUCCUGACAGGAACUGAUGGGAAGAAGUUCAAACUUGAACCUCCAGAUGCUGAUGAGUUACCUAAACUGGAAUUUGAUCCGGGACAGGACACCUAUCAGUAUCCCCCCAAGGAUGGCAGUAACCAGCAUGUGGAUGUGAGCCCCACCAGCCAGCGCUUGCAGCUCCUUGAGCCCUUUGAUAAAUGGGAUGGCAAGGACCUGGAAGAUUUGCUGAUCCUUAUAAAGGUGAAAGGGAAAUGUACCACUGACCACAUUUCAGCUGCUGGUCCCUGGCUCAAAUUCCGUGGCCAUCUGGACAAUAUUUCAAACAACCUGUUGAUUGGAGCCAUAAACAUUGAGAACGACAAGGCCAAUUCAGUGAGGAAUGCAUUAACCCAGGAGUUUGGACCUGUUCCUGACACUGCCCGUUACUACAAGAAACAUGGUGUUAAAUGGGUGGUAGUUGGGGAUGAAAACUAUGGGGAAGGCUCAAGUCGGGAGCAUGCAGCUUUGGAACCACGGCAUCUAGGAGGAAGAGCCAUCAUAGUCAAGAGCUUUGCCAGAAUUCAUGAAACCAAUCUGAAAAAGCAAGGCCUCAGGAAACAAGGAGUUAUUGAGAGCUGA